AUGGAUUUUCAAUUAUCUCAAAAUAAGGGUUUGACUUCACUGCACCUACCACCAGUGACAAUUGAAGCUAAUGUGAACGAGGAGCAGAAGGUGAAGGAUCCGCCGGCGUAUAUGACAAUGGUGGAUCCUUUUCUAGUUGAGGCGCUACAAAAUCCUCGUCAUCGUCUAACCAUUCUGCGAAUGGAACUCGAUAUACAAAAGUUCUUGCAGAAUUCUGAUCUGCAACAAUUUGAGUUUCCACACUUCCCUACAUCAUACCUUCGUCUUGCUGCACACCGUGUAGCUCAACACUAUUGUUUGCAGACUAUGGUUCAGGAUAACGUCAUAGAUGGCCAGGGAAUCCGUAUUUUGGUCAUAAAGAAACCAGAAAGUAAGUUCCCUGUUGUCUGUUUAUCGGAUGUACCAGCUAAACAGUCAGAAAAUGAAAAACUUGAUCAAGUAAAGAUUGUGAUAAAGCCAAGGCAUUCUAAGGCUUCCUCAAAUGAGAUCAAUGGAAUGGGGCUUAAGCGCAGUCCUGUUAGAACUGUGGAAGAGAGGAAGGAGGAGUAUAACAGAGCACGAGCUCGUAUUUUCAGUAGUCCAAGUAGUUCUGGUCCAGAAUACGCAUUUGCUCAGGUUGCUUCUGUUGUGAAUAAUUUGAAUGUAGUUGAAAAUGAAGUUUCAAGGAACUUGGAUGUCGAUGAGGACAAAAGCAGUAGCAACAGGGACAUUGGUAGUUCUUCUAGAGUAGCCAUUUUUAGGGACAGGGAGAAGGAUCUUACUGACCCUGAUUAUGAUCGCCGUUAUGAUAGAUAUGUUAAAAACGUCCCAAGCACUCAACAUUUCAGCUUAGCACCUUUUAAUAUGCAGAAAUUCCAGCCUCCAUUUGUGCAAUACGAUUCUGUUUUUCCUCAGCUGAGUCAGAUGCCAGUAGCUCAAGCUCCCAUCAAUUAUCAAACCCCAAUCAUGAGUCCAUAUUGUGCCAUGGGAUUGAAUCAGAUAUCUCGGGAUGCUUUAUAUGUGCAGUGGCCAAGUCAGUCCAUGAUGUAUGCACGAUCUAAUGAUCAGCCGAGAGAUGCCUUUUGUCAGGUUCCCUUCUGUCAGCAGCCCCUAAGUUUUGAUUAUUCCCAGAACCAUAGAUGA